UCAAAAAGUAAACAAAUAAAUGAUGACAUAUUUUUCAUUCAGCAAUUUUGUACAUUUUCCACGGUAAAUUGUGACUAAAAGUUUAAUUAAAACUCAUUUAAAGAUACUGUGAUGCCUUCUGCUGAGUCUAGUAAUAAAUUUCUGUUAAUUAAAAUAAAAUUUCAGGUGCUAAAAUUAUUGGAAUGCAUUGAAAAAUUAAGUGAAUUUGAACAGAAAGAUGCUGUACACUUCAUCCUCUAUCGUAUAUCCCGGAUACGAAGAUCCAAAGUCAAGGAGAGUCUUGAUUUUUGGGGGAAGUUAACAUCCGGACAUUUUGGGAGAAGAAGAAAAUUACUCGGGAAGAAGGAUUGGACCAAAGACAGGCAGCUUCUGAGACUGAAAAGACCGGAGAAUGUAUCUGGACUGGUGUCUUACUGGUUUUUCAGGAAAACUUUCGAGGAUUUCCAGCGAAAUUCUCGAGUUUUCAGGAAGUUCCUUCAUUUGAAUUCUUGGGAUCUUCUUCACAGAUCAAUCUGCGGGGAUUUUACAAGAAGAAUCUUUGAGAAUCCUUUGCUGGACAUUAGCUUAAACGACGAAGAUGAUGAAGAAGUUGGUGAAUUGGAAUAUUUAAUGCAUGACAGCGAUUCUCCGCCGCAAUUGGCUGUGAAAACAGCGAAAAGGAAGACAAAGAAGAUCCCCAAGAGAGCCAAAGUACCCAAAAAGGAGGUUUUCCCGUGCUUUCAUUGCCCCAAAAGCUACAAGAGGAGACAGAAUGUUGUAGAUCACUACGCAGCAAAGCAUCGAGGCUUCUGCCCAGAUUGUGGGGAUGAAAUUGGUUUGAAUGCCCAAGGGAAGGUCCACCACAAUCGCUCAAAGCACCUCGAAGAGUAUCCAUUUGUCUGCGAGAUUUGCGGUGAAUCCAUGUCCAGGAAUCAGCAGUAUCAGAAUCACAUUGCAGUUCAUUCGAGGAAAUCCCUCAUGCCCGUUAAACCACCCUCACCUAAAAAGCCAAAGGUUGAGAAGCCCCCAAAGAUAAAUCGCUAUGCCAUUGUCCUUCCGGAUGGAGUAAUUUGCCCAGUUUGUGGUUUAAAAUUUCGCAAUCCUAGUCUCCUCAAUGCACACAGAGCACGGCAUCAUGCUAAAAGUACGUUUCAGUGCGAAAUAUGCUCGGAAGUCUUUAAAUUCCGCACAAGUUAUACGCGGCACAAGCGUAUCCACACUGUCCAGGAGAAGAAGUUCACCUGCGAAACUUGUGGCCUAAAGUACAUGACAAAUUCAGCGUUGAAGGAUCAUCUAAAGCUCACGCACGAACGCGUGGUAUUUCAUGUGAGGUGUGUGGGAAGACCUUUGCUAUUCAGCGAUUCUUAAGACGUCACAUGAAGAUGCAUUCAAAUGAGCGUCCCUUUGCCUGUGAUCUGUGUCCAUUAACCUUCAAGAUUAGACAUCAUCUCGAUAGGCAUCGGAAAACAGUUCAUCGUGAUAUUCUCUUUGGCGGUGGUGGUGGUGGGAAGAAACUCCCGGAGAAAGUUACGGAAAUAGCAAAGAUUGAUGAAAUUGUCGAUAAAAAUGCAAUUGAAUCCACCAAGGAAGCCUUCAAGGAUCUCCCAGUGGCAACAGAAUCGACUCUUCUCCAAAUGAUCUCUGAUCAAAUUCCUCCGGAAGUCAUCCCAUUGGCAAAUUCAGAGCCAGUUCAGCCGCAAUGCUGUUCCGGGGAAUUCCCACUGCCAGCAGAGAUGAUUCAAUCAUAUCAGGAUAACUACACCACCUACCCAGAGAGCUAUAGCAUCCCCCAGGAGACAUAUCUACCCGCACCGGAUUACAGUAUCAAUCCUCAGGAGAUUUUGGAGAUCCCACCGGGACUUCCUCCGGAAAAUAUGGAUACACAACUUCUGGAUCCCUCAUUUAUUCCCCAAUAUCCCUACAAUAUGUGGGACAAUCAGUUUGAUUGCCAAAAUACCAUGAAUCAGCAGGCAAUACCACAAAAUCCACAAGCAACGUACAACAUUGGCAGUAUUCUGAGCAAUUUGGAGUUAAUGGAGAACAAUGCAACAUUCGAUCCUGGCUAUGAUUUCUUCGAAUCCACGCCACAGCAGCAAUUCUACGGCAAUGGAACGAGUUGUCCGGACACAGAGAUCCUCCAGUGGCAGCAGAAGAUUGAUCAGUAUGACUUCAACAGUCAGAAUCACACGCUAACCGACAUCUCAAAUACAUUCCUGCGCGAAGAGCAGCGGCAGAGUAGCAAUUUGAGUUCCUACGUUAAUAACUUUGGCACUGGGAUGGGAGGUGAGGAGCAGCAGGUGUUCAAUGCUAACAAUGUGAAUGUUAUGCUACCAUCCCUGGCAGACUAUUUGCAGAAUCAUUUAAAUCCAUUCAACACUAGCCACGAGGAUGUAGAGCAGCAAUAAAUAAAGGAUUUGCUAAUUCUUUUAA